GCUAGAAUUGGCGCCACAUAGAUUCAAUGUCUGUCCCCACUUCUGUCAAAAAUCCAACUUUUAUAACCACAAAAUUACUUUUAAAAAUGGAGAUGCUUCUUAAUCAGCUCGCCCUCAUCUAAUUAAUCCGACAAAUCCGAACAAGAUAUUUCAAGUUAUUUACGUAUUAUUUUGUCAAUAAAAAUUAAUCAAUUAACUUUAAUAUAAACUGAAUCCAUUUGCCGGGCCCAGGGCAAUGUUUACAUCAGAGCUUAGAAAGAGUAGGGAGGUACAAGAUAUGGUAGAGCCGAAGAUGCACGAAGGUAGCAUGCUCACAGACAUAUGAGUGUAGCGUUGUAGUGGUGAGCAGUGGUGCUGAUUUGCAGUUGUACGUCCCCACUACUCAAAUGUCUAUUUUCGUGCUACACUUCGAGCGCCUCUCCUGUAAAAUUUGCUUUGGAACCGUAAGGUCCCUUUCACCGCGUCAGGACACAUAUAUUUCUAUUUUAUCAACUGGUAUUACAAAUGUCAGACAUGUUCUAACCUUUUAAAACCACGUGUUGACGUUAUUAAUGCUCAUAAAUAAACAAUUUUACUUAUUUUAUUUAUAAUAAGUAUUUAAAAAGUACUAAUUAAUUUGUCUAGUGUACAUCUAGUCUUAAGUAAUAUUAUUAAUACAGAAUGGGACGAAAAGCGAAAUUCGAAGGAAAAACAAGACUAAGUGGUCCUGGAAGAAAAUCUAAAAAACAAGGCGAACCUAGUUUUCCCUCAGGAUUAAUAGAGAAAAAAGAGGGAACCCUCAGUCGUCAUCAGAAACAAAGAGCAAGGAAACGUCUCGCGAAGAAAAUAGAAAAACAAGAAAAAUUGCAAGCUAAGAAGGCAAAAAUUUCAGAAAAUGGAACAUCAGAGAAAGAGAUAGUAAAACCAUUUUCCAUGAGAUUGAAACCGGAAACUAGUGAUUUGGAUGAACCUGAAGAAAAUGUAACUUUAAAGGCAAAGAAUAAAGUAAAGAAACAAAUGGAAAAUAAUCAAAAUGUUACAAAGUCAAAAAAAUCGAAAAAAGCGCUUCAGAAUUCGAAAAGAUGUGAAGACGAAACGAGUGAUUUAGAUGAACCAGAAGAAAAUACAAUUUUGAAAACAAAGAAACAAAUGGAUAAAAAUAAAAAAGUUACAAAGUCGAAAACAGAGGUCAAAAAAGAACUUAACGAUUCAAAAAGACGCAAAGCUGAUUCCCAUAAUGGUAAAGUGAAUAAAAAAAGAAAAUUAGAAACAGUAGAAUCCUCUGAAGAGAACGAUGAUGAAGAUGAGAAUGAAAAUGACGAAAGUGACGAAGAAGUAGAAAAUGAAGAAAGUGAGGAAGAAAUAGAAAAUGAAGAAAGUGACGAAGAAAUGAAAAAUGAAGAGACCGAUAACUAUAUUCAAGAUCCUGUAGGCGACAGUGAUGAAGAUUCCGAUGACGAAUCAGAAGAACAAGACGAUGAUGAAGAACAAGAUGAUGACGAUAUGCUUCCAAUUGAAAAAGCGAGUAAAAAACUCGAAAAAUUGCAAGCAAAAACUCGAAAAAUGGCUGAUGAAGAAAUGCAAGAUAUGACAUCACGACAGCAAGUUUUUCAAUUUCCAACUGAGGAAGAAAUAGCAAAUCCAACAGAUUUAACAGACGUUCAAAAUCGAAUAAAAGAUGUUUUAAUGGUUCUAUCAGAUUUCAAAAAGCUCCGCGAAGAUGGAAGAUCAAGAUCCGAUUAUACAGAUCUUUUGUGCGCGGAUCUUUGCACAAAUUUCUCAUAUAAUUUAUUUUUAAUGGAAAAAUUGAUGCAAAUUUUCCCUCUACAUGAAUUGAUGGAAUAUUUAGAAGCUAGCGAUGUACCACGACCUGUGACAAUUAGAACAAAUACAUUAAAAACCCGACGACGAGAUUUGGCACAGGCUUUAAUUAAUCGUGGAAUGAAUGUCGAUCCAAUUGGUAAAUGGUCUAAAAUUGGACUUGUUGUUUAUUCAUCAUCAGUGCCAUUGGGAGCAACACCUGAAUAUUUAGCCGGUCACUAUAUGAUUCAAGGUGCAUCGAGUUUAUUACCAGUAAUGGCAUUGGAUCCAAAAGAAAAAGAGAGAAUUCUUGAUAUGAGCGCUGCACCAGGUGGUAAAUCAUCUCAUAUUGCGGCGCUAAUGAAAAAUACUGGCGUUCUAUUUUCAAAUGAUCUUAAUGAGGAUAGAUUAAAGGCGGUUAUUGGUAAUUUUCAUCGUCUUGGAAUUACAAAUUCUGUUAUUUGUAAAUAUGAUGGUAGAAAAAUUCCCAGUGUUUUAAAAGAUUUUGAUAGAGUUUUACUUGAUGCACCUUGCACGGGAACAGGUGUUAUUGCCAAGGAUCAAAGUGUAAAAAUAAAUAAAGACGAAUUAGAUAUACAACGUUGUUGUACAUUACAACGUGAACUUCUUCUUGCUGCAAUUGAUUCUGUUAAUCAUAAAUCGGCAACUGGUGGUAUUAUUGUCUAUUCAACGUGUUCAAUUUUACCCGAUGAAAAUGAAAGAAUUAUUGAUUAUGCACUACAAAAGCGAGAUGUAAAAUUAGUACCAACUGGAUUGGAAUUUGGUACUGAGGGAUUUACAAGUUAUAGACAGUAUAGAUUUCAUCCAUCGAUGAAAUUAACAAGAAGAUUUUAUCCUCAUACACAUAAUAUGGAUGGAUUUUUUGUUGCAAAAUUAAAGAAAUUCUCCAAUAUCACCAAGAAACUUUUGAAUCCCGAAGAAGAACCACAAUCAGAUUAAUUAAAACAAAAAAUUGUUCUUUUUUAUAUUGUUAAAUAAAUUCGUCUUUAUAUUAAACAAAA